AUGAGGCUGCAUCUUGCGCCCAUCCCCUUGACUCACGGGCUUCCUCAUGCAUCAACACGACAUGUCCCUACUCUCGUUGACUCGUUCAAUCGACGACACGAUUAUCUGCGGAUAUCACUCACCGAGAGAUGUAACCUACGCUGCUUCUACUGCAUGCCAGAAGAAGGUGUCGAGUUAUCACCGACCGGGAAACUGCUCACGGACGACGAGGUCGUGCGGCUAGCAGAGCUAUUCGUCCGGACGGGCGUGACGAAGAUUCGGCUGACGGGCGGAGAACCAACCGUCCGCAAAGGGAUAACCGAUAUAAUAGCUCGCCUCCACACUUUGCGUAAGCUUGGGUUGAAGUCCCUUGCGAUGACAAGCAACGGCAUCGCGCUGCAUCGCAAGCUCCCAUGCAUGGUCGACAAUGGACUUACGCAUCUGAAUUUAAGUCUCGAUACGCUGGACCCUGACAAGUUCAUGAUAAUGACGAGGCGCCGAGGGCACGAAGCAGUACUACGAACGCUCGAUGAGGCCCUGAAUAAUCCCGGCCUGCGACAAGUCAAGUUGAACAUCGUCGUCAUCAAGGGGCUCAACGACGCUGAAGUCUUCGACUUCAUCGAAUUGACGAAGGAUCGUCCUCUAUCUGUGCGCUUCAUUGAGUUCAUGCCCUUUACCGGUAACAAGUGGGACCAACAGAAAAUGCUCUCGUCGUCCGAGCUACUUGAGCGAAUAUCGCGAAGGCAUCCGGACAUUGUCCGCGUUACGGACGAGGCCAAUGACACGGCGCGGUCAUGGGCGCUACCAGGAUACAAAGGAUCCUUUGGCUUCAUCAGCAGCAUGUCAGACCAUUUCUGCGCUUCGUGUAAUCGCCUGCGAAUUACAGCCGAUGGGAACAUCAAGGUCUGCCUAUUCGACGCCAAAGAAAUCUCCUUGCGAGAUCGCAUGCGCGCAGGCGCGUCCGAUGCUGAACUCCUCGACCUCAUUCGAAUUGCGGUCCUAGGGAAGCAGGAGAAACAUUCUGACAUGCAAGAUAUUGACGUGAAGACGAAUCGCCCGAUGAUAUUGAUAGAUCAGCAUGGGCGUGCAUCGAUGGUCGACGUCGGAGACAAAGCCCCUUCAUCGCGGUCCGCGACCGCCACUGGUCGCAUCAUCAUUCCAUCCUCGGCCUACGAACUGGUCACUGGCGAUUAUCCAUCCGGUUCUGCACUGACAGACGAUGUUGUGGCCUCUCAGGCGAAGGCCCGGCGCAAGGGCGAUGCUCUCACCGUCGCUCAGCUGGCCGCGAUCAUGGCCAGCAAGAAGACCUCCGACCUCAUCCCCCUCUGUCACCCCCUUCCAUUGACUAAAGUCGAUGUCAGGCUGACCCCACAGGGGCAUACGGCAUCCGCGUCCGCCGGACCUCGUUACAGCAUACGAUGCGAAGCUACGGUGAAGUGCGAGGGCAAGACGGGGGUGGAGAUGGAAGCGCUGACUGCGGUGUCGGUCGGACUGCUGACGGUGUGGGAUAUGCUUAAAGCGGUCGCUGGGAAGGAGAUGGAGAUCACGGACAUCAAGGUGACGAAGAAGUCGGGCGGACGCAGCGGGGAUUUCACGAGAGGCGGAUAG